UAUUCAUAUACACCCAUGAAUGGUCAAGCAGAAGUUGAAGCAUGUUGUGAAGAGAUGAGGACUGAUAAUCAUAGAGUUGGUGAAACUGGACUUUCAAAUUCUGCAACUUCAAGUCAAACUCUCCCUUAUGGAAUUCAUGGCAUCUCUCCAUCUCCCACCAAUUUCUUUGAUCAUGAAGGAUCUAGUUAUUUUGGGGAGUUGGAAGAGGCACUCAUGCAAGGAGUUGUUGACAGAAAAGUAUUUCUCACCACUAGGCCUCCCACUCUUGAAAUCUUCCCUUCAUGGCCAAUGAGAUUUCAGCAAACUUCCAAAAACUCACAGUCAGCAGAGAGCACAGAUUCAGGAUCAGCCCUUAAUACAAUUUCCCAGUUGGAAUCAGACUCCCCAGUGAGCAGAAAGACUUCACCAGACCAGUCUACUGAGCAACCAGUACCACACAUGAUGAUCAUGUCCAGAACUGGAGAAGCAGAAAACCAUCAACCCAAAUCCCAAGAAAAGAGAAGGCUGAUUAGUGAGAGAGAUGGAAGGCCUCUUGAUGCAAAGACCUUGAGACGUUUAGCACAAAAUAGAGAAGCUGCAAAAAAGAGCAGGCUCAGAAAGAAGGCUUAUGUGCAACAAUUGGAGAACAGUAGGGUUAAACUGGCUCAAAUAGAACUUGAUCUCCAUAGAGCUAGAUCUCAGGGUCUAUUCUUAGGAGGAGUUGGUGCAAGUGCAAGUGCAAGUGCAACUAUGAGUUCUGGUGCAGCUGUUUUCGAUAUCGAAUACGCACGGUGGCUAGAUGAAAACUUAAAGCACAUGAUGGAGCUAAGAAAUGCAUUGCAGACUCAUUUAUGUGACAAUGAUCUAAGAAUUAUAGUCGACGAAUGCCUCGUGCACUAUGAUGAGUUCUUUCGAUUAAAAGGCAUUGCGACAAAAGCCGAUGUAUUCCAUCUCAUCACCGGAAUGUGGGUAACUCCUGCGGAACGUUGCUUCCUUUGGUUGGGUGGUUUCAAGCCCUCUGAACUCCUCAAGAUUAUAACUUCUCAACUGGAUCCAAUGACUGAGCAGCAGUUGAUAGGGAUAUGUAGUCUUCAACAGUCAUCAGAACAAGCUGAGGAGGCCUUAACUCAAGGACAUGAUCAACUGCAACAGUCACUGGCAGAGACUGUGGCAAAUGGUUGUCUUUGUGAAACAACCAUUAACAAUGUAGGGAAUAAUGUUUACAUGGCUCACAUUAACAAUCAAAUGGCCAUUGCUCUUGAAAAGCUUGACAAUCUUCAAAGCUUUGUCCUACAGGCUGAUAACUUGAGACAGCAAACUCUUCAUCAAAUGAGGAGAAUUCUAACAAUUCGACAAGCCGGACGAUGUUUGCUUGCGAUCGGAGAAUACUACGGCCGUCUUCGAGCUCUUAGCUCCCUCUGGGCUACUCGUCCUCGAGAGAAUUUAUUUACAGAAGAAAGUGCCUGCCCAGCAACUACAGACCUGCAAAUAUUUCAUCAUCAAGUGCCUCAUUUUUCAGCAUUCUGACUAAAUUAAACUACAUUUUGCCUUCAAAAUGUUAUGUAUCAUGAUAUGUAAAAUCUCAUGUUGUUAUUAAAGGCAGACUAUAACAAAGAAAAAGUUGUCUGUUCAUCUGCUGCAUUAUUAUAAAAUGGAAUUUAGUAGUCACAACUUGCAUGGAAAUAGGACAAGGUUUGAACUUUGAAGCCAAUCACUUUAAAAGAAAAUACAAAACUGUUGCAAAGAUUGGUUGCAACAAACUUUGCUU